AUGAAUGAUAAUAAUGAGGAAAAAAACAAUGAAAGAAAAAUAAGAAAAAAAAACAUUGACAUUCUUUUUGACAGUGAAGAAAUGGAAGUAUCCAUUAACAAAAUGGAUGAAGGAAAACAUGAGAAAAAAGGAAAUUCAGAAAAAAAUAAAAUAGAUGACGAGAAAAAUAGAUUGUUAAUUUUUAACAAUUAUUUGCCAAAAGAAUCCGUGAAAAGUAACAAAGAUAAUGAUGGAAUUAGUAGGGGAAAGGAGAACGUUAAACAUAUUAAUAGAAAUAAAAAUACCAUAAAACAGGAAAAAAAAAACAGUGUAAAUGAUGAUGAAUUUGAAAUACCUAUACAUUUUGGAAAAAGAAGUAAACACAAUGAUUUUUUAAAUGAGAGCUUUUAUAAAUUUAGAGAAUAUGACGAAGAUGACGAUGCCGAUGAUAAUAAAAAAUUGCACAUAAUGGACAUAUUUAAUUACCACGAUUUUCCUGUUAAUUUAUUUGGGAUAAAAAAAAAAAAAGCAAAAAACAGGGAUAAAAAAUUUGUAAUAGAAUUUGUGGAUUCAUAUAAUGAUGAAUUUGUGAAAAAAAAUAUUAACAACAAUAUCAUUUUUGAAUCAAUAGGAGUGUGCAAAGGGAUUUCCUUUUUAGACAUAAACGAAAAUAUUAACAUAAAUUGCCUAGGAGUAAAUGAUAACAAUGCAUUUUACUUUUAUAAGAUGAUACCCUUUAAUAAAAUUUAUUCACAGGAUGCCAUUAAUAAAAUAUUAACCAAAAAAAAUGUUGUUUCGAAAAUAGAACAUAGGAAACAACACAAUAACAACGAUAUUCAUGCAAUGAACUAUGAACAUAACCCUCGUCAUAAUGAGGCAAACGACUUCUUUAUAAAAAAUUAUAAUAUUCUUAAAAAUUAUUUUUUUAAGAAGAAAAAAGAAAAAAAAACGAUAUAUAAUGACUUAUAUUUAUCACCUUAUGAAAAAAAUUUAAAAUCAAGCUUAUGUAUAGGAACACAUAUAUACUCGCAAGAAAGAGCAGUAAAGAAAUGCUUCGGGUUAUUAAUUGAGCAAAAUGUAUAUUCCUUAGAUCAGCCACAAGAUGAUAGUACAGCAGUUAACAAAAAUUUAGAAAAUUUAUACUUUGACUUUCCUUUUUAUAAAAAUCAGAUAAUUUUUAAACCCAUAUAUUAUCCGUACAAAAAUGUUCAAAUUAUAAGCAAUUCUUUUAGAAAUUAUUUUAAAAAUAUUCAAUGGGAAAAAUUUAAUAACUUAAAAGAUGUAGAAUUUUAUUAUGACAUAAAAAAUAACCUUUUUAAUUUUUCAAAAGAUGUGUAUUUAACAACAAAAAGUGCCAUUAGACAUUUUGAUUCACCAAAGGACUUUGUUAUUCAAACAGCUAAUCGAGUGAAAGACAUAAACAUUCAUAUGAAAAAAAUUUGUGAAAAAUCGUUUUAUAUUAUUCAUAAUUCUAUUUUGAAGCUAAGUAAAGUGUCUAAAAGUUCAUAA